UGUUUGGGAAGUUUGAAAUUUCCAGUAAUUUAUUAAAUUAUUUCUCAUAAAUUUAUAAUGUAGGCACAAUUUCUGUUAAGAAUUACUAUAAAACAGUUAAAACAAUAAAAUGGAAAGUGGAAUUACGAAAGAAUUUACGCCGGCCGUUGCAGAAACGCAGAAUGUGGUUAACGCCGAUUCUGCCGACUCCUUUCAGUCUUUCAUUUACGAAUUGUUUGAAAAGAAUGGUAUACUCAACGACUUAAGGGCGUACUUACGCGGCCACAUAGUAAAUGUUCUGAAAAGUGCACAAACUGGAGACCCACACCCAUGUCAGAAACACUUCACGCAACGUUUGGAGCUAAAAUACCAAGCUAUCAACAUCUUAAUAGCUGAAUAUCUUAUGCGAUUAGAAUUUAGCUACAGUUUUUCUGUAUUCAUAUCAGAAAUACCAUUAGCUAAUAUGGUAUUUGGAUUCGCCAAGUCCAUGAUGGAGCAGAGUCCUCAGAAUAAGAUGGAUAUGAGGUUCAAGGAGUCUGAUAUCUGGUCCAUACUGAAUUACUUGGGAGUACAAUGUGACUCGGAACACGCAGCUAAUGUGGUGGAGAUGUACAAGAAUGAUAAACACAAUCCAUUACUGUUCUGCAUACUCAAGUGUAUGCCCCUGUACAAGGAGAGUGUAGGACUGCCACAGGUUUCAUCAGGAGAAUCCCUUUCAAGCGUAAGGUCGGUGGCAAGCAAUGAGACAAUAAAAAGACCUCACAAUAAGACAACAGGCCUCCCUGACAAAUGUCGCCAUUACCUUUUCUGCAAGACUUGUCAGAACAAGAUGUACCGGCUUAAAGAAAUGUAUAAGAGAAAGAAGAAGCAUUUGGCUAAGACUUAUAAAGACAGUCCUAAUAUGAACCCCGCAAACCUGGAGAAUCUAGUUAACAACAUCAACGUUGUGGAGAAAAACCUCAUUGAAGAGAUGUUCCAACAAUUGAAGUGUGUGUAUGAGUCGGAGAUGGAAAUGGUGAAGAUUGAAGAAGAGAAGAAAGUGAAGCGGUCGAUGGCCUCGCACGCCAUCAAACUGCAGAUGAAACGAAAUGAGAUGGAGGAAAAGUUUAAAGCCCGCGAGGCGGAGUUGGAGCGUCGCGUGACUGCGAAGAAACAGUUUCUGUGGGGACUCGCGCGCGCCCUCCGCUCUCAGCACGCCAGCAUGGCGCGCGCUAUGAGGGACGUCAAGACUGAGACACAUAGAUUGGAACUUAAGGAGGACAGUCUAAAAACCCAACUAGCGGAAGCAGAACAGAUUUUAAAGAAACGCGGCGAAGAGAUGCGACUACAGAUAUCAAACGAACUCACAGUCUUAGAGGGACACCUAGAGUCCAUGAAGAAAGAGAGAGAAGGCAUCACGAAAGAGAGAUCCGAACUUGAAAAUAUGAAAAAAGCACAUAAUUCUACAAGCAAAGUCUUAAAAGUGCAUGAUAUGGACACUGAAGAUGUGCAUUCUCACUACGAUCUACUCAAAAAUGAGUUAGCAAUACUCAAAAAGUAUCUAGAAUCUUCGAAACUGUCUGCUAAGUGCGUUAUAGAAAGGGGAAUAAGUACUGAACCUGAACAGACUGACUCCAAAGUAACCAUCACGCUAAACAAUAGCCAGAGCAAUGAGAAAUGUUCCAAAAGCGACGACGUCGAUGACAAAGUGAAAACGAAUCAGUUAGUUAAUGAUUUCAGAAAGAAAAAUGUCAAUUUUAGUCAGUCGAAUUUGGAUGAACUCUACCGCGAGAGGAGUUGUGACCGUAGUCGGUCGUCCAUAUCGAGCGAGGCGGGAGACAAUGCCAUGCCUGACUUGGACCUCGAACGAGGGAGGGAUAGAGACCUCAUACAACGACUGAGGGAGGAGAAUGAUAGGCUCAAGGCGUACGCUAGACAGCAACGCAGUCACAUAGAGCACCUGUCGGCCCCGGGGCAGCCCGCGCGGCCGCGCACCGCGCCGCCCGCCGCCGUCCCGCAUAUAUACAAUAGUGCAAGUGUGAAUACUUUGAACGUUGGUUGGAGGAAGGGCGCCGGUGAAGAGCUGAGCGUCUUCAGCAACGCACAGCCUCGCAUACUGGUGCCCGGGGACACUCUGCCGUUUAUUGGAGUGCUCAGGGAUAGACAUGGGAAUGCUCGGAGGUCCCCGAUAGGGUCGCGGUCGGCUCGCUUCCGCGCCUGGCCUCUGGCCGGAGUGACCAAACGGGCCACCUCACCGCUACGGGACAAAUUGAUCGUAGGUUCCCCCGGCGCGGGCAAUAGUGGGCUGGGGCUAAACAUGAGUGGUGCGUCCGGGUCCAUACAACAAGAUGACGAGCCAUAUAACACGCCGCCGUGUGAACGACAGCCACGUACAGCAAUGAGCUUAGAAAUGAACAGAGACAGAGACAAGACUCCCAAGUCUGUACUCCGUGAGGCCAAGGAGAAACUACGGAGCAAAGACAGCAUAAUAAGCAGUCCUCCUGUAUUGCCUCGUGACAAGAGUCCCAAUGCAGUGCUACGUGAGGCCAAGCUGCGCCUGCGCAAGUUGGAGAUAGAAGCCGAAGCUGUCGAGAAGUCAUACCUCGACUUCCGGCGGAGGCAGUCUGAACUACGUCUCGAGAGGAAUGCACGCAGGCAACAAGAUGCAAGGGACGAAGUGCCUCAUACACACCUUGUCGUUCCAGACGUAAUAUCGAAACGAAGCCAAUCACUUGAGAAGGUGGACGAGCCCUGCAGAGAUGACAGGGAGCAACCAUUCACAGACGUACACAAGUCUGUCCGUAACGACUUCGAGAACUAUAUCCGCGAGUACAAGAACAAACUCAACAUCGGCGAAACACACUUCCGUAGCAAACCUACUCUCGAUGAGAAAGUAAAACCCAUCCCCGAAGCAUAUUCUAACGCUAAACAUAGCGACUGCAAUGAAAAUAGUGACCAACAAGGGAACUACCUAGAACAACCGCUCAUAGAGUUCAGGAAACUGUACACGUCUGCCAGACAUAUACGACGAGACGACGUCGACACCAAGUCCAACAACAGGAGCAUUCACUCAGGGAACACCAGCGGCGCCGAGGACUCAGCUCGACAGGACGCCAUCAUUAAAGUCAAAAACAAAAACAAAAAGAAAGCCGAAUUAGAAAUACUAAAACAGAACCUUAGCAAAAUGUACAACUUGGACAAUGACAGCCUCGACUUCAACAUUCUAUCAGACGCGCCGAAACACGAGGACUGUGAAGAAGUCGCGCAGAUCGUAGACGAGAACGUGCUGCGAGUGGAAGUGGAGAGCACUACUGAACGGAACAACCUCAAGUCUAAGACGCAGGAGUUGUUUCUGGUCGUGCAGAGCUCAGUGACGGCGCAGGAGAUGACGCUGUCGUGCAGCGAGGCGCCGGCCGACGACGUGUCGGCGCAGAUGACCAUCAUAGUGAGUCCGGCCACCAGCCUGCCGCGGCUCAGUACCGCGGCGGAGGCCGGGCUGGGCGCGCGCUCGCCGUCCCCCGGGUUGGGCUCCCCCUCCCCGCCCCCCUCGCGCCGCCGCCGCAGUAUAUCACCCGAGCAGGCCGCGCACCUUACCCGGAACGAUGUCCUCGACGCCAUCUUCCAUGCGGACCCCAACCAGCAGAUUUCCAGCGUGCAAAUGCAACUAGAACUUUCCAAAGAAAUUCUCGAUGACUCCAUCAGCGAUUACGGGAAAGGCGAGUAUGCGGACGACUUCUCAGCCGACGCGGACAACUACAAUAGCCGGUCCGACUACGAGAACCACUCGCCGAUAUCUUUGCACAAGACGUCCGAGGACGAGAACUUCUGGGACUCGUAGCACGUCGCAGUGCGUGCCAGCGGUCCACCUACUUCAUCCAAUCUCUCGUUGUCGUGCAUACCGCGGGAUGUUUUGCUUGCACAGAGCAUUUACAUUCCCCGUUUUAGUGACUAAAUUUCGGUUCGUUAGAAAGUGUAUGAAUAUGGCCCUGGAUCAAAUGUACAUGUAUAAUAUAAUAUCGCACCACGACUUAGUAGUUUGUGCUGACUCGUUAAGCGUAAGAAACUGUCAAAAAGAUAAAUAUGAUUGUAUCGGUUUAUUUAUACAGGUAUUAAAUAAAAACAAUAGUAAUAAA